AUUAGUCUAACCCAGUUUCCAAACGCUGACAACAAAGUCGUCCAAAGUGCGGACGUUCUUUCCAUUUCAUCGCGAUGGACUGAACGAACUUUCCCAAGCAGAGACGUCUCGCCAAUUUCCAGUUCCAGACAACGGCAGUGGAGGCAGGAUUUAUCGGAGUGUUGAUCCAUUAGUCAUCGUUUAUAGUCAACAAUGAAAUUCGGUUUUUAGAAACUUUCCAGUGUUCUCAAAUUCAAGGGAUAGGAAACAGCUACUUGGUGGUGAUUGGUUGUUGGAAGUGACUUGAUGCAUAGGAAAAUCCAAGGGUGUAGAGAAUCCAUUAUGGGGUCAGUUCUACGUUUGUUUGCAUCUGGCCAUGUAUAUCCGAAUCAAGCGCCAUAAGACUACCUACUUUAUCCAGUGUGAUCCAAUUGAGACGACUUUAGAUAUCAAGCAAAAAUUGGCAACCCUUAUUGAUCAACCAUUAGUUGAUCAACGCUUGAUCCUGGUGGGGAGUGGGGAAGUAUUGGAAGAUACAAAGACACUGGCUGAUCAGAAGGUUGAAAACGAUGCAGUUGUGGCUCUAACGUUGCGAAAAGAUGAUAACGAGUUCGAGGAGAUUAACAUUGUCCGGCCAGACGAGUUCUACCAAUCUCGUGAUGCUGAUUCUGGAAAUUGGUAAGGACAGAAAAUUCGCUUUGUACUUGAUGUUCAGCCAUCAAUCUUGCUGCUGUACUUUUUAAAUCACUUUUCUAUCUGUUUGAUGGAAUUGAAAAUGAUGGAAAAGAAAGUAAACCAUCUGUAGGAUUAGGAUUAGAUAUUCAUAACUCCAUGCCUUUUUCCUUUGUACAGGUGAUUGAACACCAUGUGCUUCUGUAUUGCUACAAGUACUAUAUUUGAGUUGAGGAUUUUGAUAGGAAGACUUUUUAAAUUGGCCUCAAACUAAUAUGAAUUAGCUUCAUAAUUAAGUUGUAAAUUGACUUGUAUUCUUGUUCCCAUUUAUCAUUACUGUGGUGAUUGUUGCUAGAUAUUCUAGCAAUGUGAGUUCUAAUGAUUUGGAAAAUAAAAAACUACCGGGUUAAAUUACAA